AUGAAUAAUUCUAAUCGACGUAUUUCUUUAGUUGUGCCAUAACCUACAGGUGGUCAUGGUUAGACUUAACCUCAGAAUUUGUCAGCAGAUGGAAGAAAGAAGAACACCACUGACAAAAAGAAGAAGAAUCCAGGCAAAAUUGUUCAUGAAUCAGCUUCAUCUAAUGAAAGAAUUGCUCAUCACAAGUUUUCAUCAUCUGGCUAUGCAGGAAACUUUACAAUAAAUUAAGUGUGUCUCACUUCAUCCUCAUCAUAGCUUCAUCAAGAACCUCCCUCUUCAAAAAAGAAGAAAUCUUCAAAGUCAAGGAUCUCGCACUAGAAUUAAUAAUUAGAGAAUGGAAAUAAUGUGACAAUAGUAAAUUAGAAAGGUAUUUCGAAAGGAACACCUUCCCAUAACAAUCACAUUUAUUCUCAGGAUUAAUCGAGUUGCACUAAUAUGAGAACUCAAACACUCUCACCUCCACCUGCUAAUAAAGAAAAAAAUAAUGUUCUUUAAAAUAUAGUCCUAAGUAAAUCAAACUCAAAAAAUGGGAAUUCAUCUCUCUAAAGAUCUACAAAAAGAAUUAAUUAUUUGAAGUCCCUAGUUAAGAAGCAGCAACAAAAAUCUCUGUCUAGAGAUUUUACCAAUGCUAUAAUGAACACCAAUAUAGUUCAAUAAAAGCCAUCUUAAUUUCAGUUAUUCAAAAGCCACAAUUCAUCAGGAAAUCAAAAUAACAAUAUUUGCUUGACCUAAAAUUCAACAAGCUACAACCAAAAUAUGACGUAGCCUCAUACUUCAUUAUCACCUAAUAGCAGAUAAGGAAUGAUUGGAAAUUCUUCUCAUAAAAAGAAGAAGAAGUUAACGAGCAAAAAAAAGAAAGAUGAAAAUGUGCUUACUCAUUCAGUAUAAUUGUUCAAGCCACCAAUUAACAAAACUGCAUAAAAUUUGCUAAUGUAAACUUCUUUGAAUCUAAAAGCUGGAGGACUCAGUGCAAUGCUCAAUGAUUCCAAGGAGUCAUCAUAUGUCAGAGCUAACACAUCUCAUCACAAUUAAGGUAUAAACCACUCCCUUAUGACAAUCUGUAAUCAGCCUACCAUGCAAACUAUUAACUUAAAUCAAAAUGUCUCAAUAACCCGCCAACCUGGUCAAUCGUAGAAGAGAAAACAGCAGCGUUCGAAUACUUAAGAGAGAGUCUUGAGGAUUGCAGAGCAGUAGCUAAAAUAGCUGAAUAAUGAGUUAGAUUUUACGAAUAAAAAACAUAUUAUGCCUUAAUCCUAGGCAAAUCACUCUCAAGUUCAAAUAUAGGCAGAUUAGACUAAGCUAAAAUAACUUAUCCAUAAUAGUAAUGCUGCUCAGUGCCAAAUUGAAUAUAUGAAUAAGGAAAAUAAUAAGAAUGUUUAAAUGGGUCACUCUAAAACUUCUUAGAUUAUCGGACCAAGUUGUGUAAGAAACGACAGUCUUUUCUAACUAGAUAGAACUUUCACUGAUAUUAUAGAAUCGAUUUAACAAUAGGCAUCUAGUGGAGAUAGCACAUAAAUACAGCAAAGGAAACAGUAAGCUAACUUAACUUUAAUAAAAUCUUAACUUGAGCUAAUAAAAAACAGUUAUGAAUCUAUCAUAAAGAAACUUAGUGAUAGUUAAUUGGCAGCAAAUAUUUAAGCUCUCUCAGCUAGAUAAAAUCCUUAAAGACUUUUAUCAGAUAGAUAAAAUGAGGAUGAAAAUACGACUCACGCCACAACGUCACAGAAUGAUUGUUUUUCUGCUAGCUCGUCAUUUAGAACUCAAUAGAGUCAGGCUUGUAUUGCCUUGAUGUAGCAGAAAAUCACUGACUUAGAGAAUCAAAAUAAAACUCUCAACCAGCAAGUGCUUUAAAAGAAUGAUACUAUAUAGCAUUAAGAAUAAAUUAUUUCACUCUUAAAGCAAGAAGUUAAAAAAGAUGAUGCCUCAACCCAAGCAAAUUUUGAGAUGGCUGUUCAGACUCCAAAGAUUACAGAGAGAAAGACUGAAUUAUUAAUUGAAAAUGAGCAGUUGAAGAUAAUGAACGAUAGAAUCUAAAAAAAGCUGAAUAGAAUGCAGACUAAACUUGAUUAUCAUAAGAAUAAAGAGAAUAAAUUCCUCUACUUCUUAUAUUCACUCUAAAACUCAGGGAUCCCCGUAAAUGAAAUAUAUGAAAAGGAGGGAAUCAAAGACAUUCCAACUUCAAGAUUUGCUGACAUUGUAGGCGAUGAGUAAGUAAAUCAGUCAAGCAUGAUGUUCUCAUUCUACUCAGAUGAUAGUUAUGACCCCAUUGAUGUCGGCCCAGAUCCAGCAUAAAUUAGAAAGAAGCCAAAGACAGUUCCAGCUUUGAAUCUCAAUAAUCUUCCAGAUUAUGAAAGUUCGUCUGAUGAAGAAGAUAACUAGGAUAGCCAGUAGAAGCAGACUAUAGACUAUGCUAGUGCGUAAAUCAAUAGGAAUAUGACUACUUAAGACUAUGAAUAAAGUAUGAAGUACAUCGAAAAUUUCUAUAAUAAAUGCGGAGGCACUCAAGGUAUUCCAAUGAAGAACCUUGAGUCAGACGACGAAGAUCACAGAGAAGACUAUGUUAUGUGCUAGAUUAAUAAUGGAAGUAGUAUAUUGUUGUUUGAAAAAGAAGAAUCUUAGAGCAAUGUACCUCCUAGCCAUUUAAACCCAGGAAGUCUCAUGGAUGAUGAUUUUUGUUAUAGUGUAGAUAAAUAAAGCAAAAGAAGAUCUUCUAAGGAUAUGAGAUCUAUUUGA